AUGAGCUCUUUUGACGAAGAUCAAAAUCAAAUUCAAAAUAAUUUAUUUGAAGCACAAUUGGAUUAUGAUUUCUCAAUUGAGAGAAAAAAAACCUUAAAAAAAUUAUCACGGUCAAUUGAUAUCUGUUGUUUGUUAGAAUAUGAUGAAGAAAUUUCUGAUAAAGAAAUUUUGGAUUUAGAUAAUGUAUUGAAAAAAGAGUUCGUAAAAAGACGAGCUAUUCUAGCAAAAUUAAGAAUACAAGAUGUAAAAUUAAAAUUAAAAAAAAUUUUUAAAGUUGAAGGUACAAAAGACUUGAUUCAGCAAAUUGAUAUUUUAGAAAGAGAAGUUGAUAUCAAUUCAAAAGAACUUGGAAAAAUUGCUAAUUGGUCAACAAAGGACUUUGGGUUAAAAAAAGAAUUGAAUAACGAGCUGCAAAUUAAGGAAAGAUCAAUUGAAAAAGCUCAAUUACUAAUAGAUUUAUUAAAAAUUUAUCAAGAAAUUUAUUAUUAUUAUUCAGAAACACUGAUUUCGAAAGUUAAUCGAGAUCUCUUCAAUGAAUUUAAAGAUAGAAUAAAUCAAAUUAAUGCAAAAUUGGAAAGAUUCGAAAAUAGGGAACGUAUUAAAUCUAUAUUGAAUUUGUAA